AUGACAAGUUGUCUGGUUGUUGAUUUUAUUUUUGAUGUGUGACAGCUGUAUAGAGUAGGCUAUGCAAUUUUGCUUAGUCGGUACAAAAUCUCUUAAUUCAUGAAUACGACCACGAUGUUCUUGACAAGGGCUCUUGAGAAAAUUCUGGGUGACAAAGAAAUUAAGAAAACCCACCAUUCUCAGUUGAAAAGAGCCUGUGAGGUGGCACUUGAGGAACUAAAAAAUGACACCAGUAUUCAAAGCUUGGACCAAAACGCGUCAUCAGCCCUGCCAGUGCCAAAAAACUCUGGUUUUAUACAUGCUGACAAGUACUUCUUACCAUUUGAGUUGGCAUGUCAGUCUAAGUGUCCCAGAAUUGUCAAUACUGCCCUCGAUUGUCUCCAGAAACUCAUUGCAUAUGGCCAUCUGAUAGGAAAUGUGCCUGAUUCCACAACACCCGGAAAACGACUGAUAGAUCGGAUAGUGGAAACCAUUUGUGGUUGUUUUGUUGGGCCGCAGACAGAUGAGGGGGUGCAGCUUCAAAUAAUAAAGGCACUCCUGACUGUUGUUACGACAGCCUCUUGUGACAUUCAUGAGGGCACGGUUCUACAGACAGUACGAACAUGCUACAACAUCUACCUUGCCAGCAGAAAUCUUGUCAACCAGACAACGGCAAAGGCCACACUUACACAGAUGUUGAAUGUUAUUUUCUCACGUAUGGAACAACAAGCGGAACAAGAUGCUAAGUUGAAAGAACAGCAAGAGUUGAAAGAAAAAGAACUUGAGAAACAACAUGCUGAAACUGGAGCAGGGGAUGGAGGUGGUCGUGGUGGUGAUGAAGCCAGUCCAAAAGAGGAGGCCAAAGAUGAGGUGGAUGAUGGGGCGUCAGAAAGCACUCUCACCUCAGGUGGUCAAGAAACACACUCACAAGAAAAUGGAGAGACGGAUAGCACACAGAACGAGGACAAGAGUGAGGAAAUGCCACAAGACAUCGUUAGCCGUGUUCUGGAAGAGAUUAUUGAUAACGUGACAGGUUGCCCGAUUGCCUCACCUCCCGAAGCUGAGUCCGCUCCACCUACCAUAGAAAACUCCGUUAACCAUGGGGAGAGCACUCCUGCACCCCAACCCACAUUGACCUUAGAUUUGACCAAAGGUGGAGGUCUUGCACGCUUGACAACUGAGGACAGCUCUGAGAUGGAGAGCCAGGAACAGAUGCACGGCGCGUUCAGUCACAUUCUGCAGAAAGACGCCUUCCUGGUGUUCCGCAGCCUCUGCAAACUGUCCAUGAAACCUCUAGGGGAUGGACCUCCUGAUCCCAAGUCCCACGAACUGAGGUCGAAGAUCCUCUCACUCCAGUUGCUGUUAUCAAUUCUACGUAAUGCAGGACCAGUAUUCCGCACAAAUGAGAUGUUUAUCAACGCCAUCAAACAGUACUUGUGUGUGGCCCUGUCCAAAAAUGGAGUCAGUGCAGUACCAGAAGUUUUUCACCUGUCACUGACCAUUUUUGUCACUCUUCUCACCAACUUCAAACAGCAUCUCAAGAUGCAGAUAGAGGUUUUUUUCAAGGAGAUUUUCUUGUACAUCUUGGAAGCUCCAAGCAGUUCAUUUGACCAUAAAUGGAUGGUUAUUCUAGCACUCACCAUUAUUUGUGCUGAUGCUCAGUGUGUUGUUGACAUUUAUCUCAACUACGAUUGUGACCUGGCUCUAGCCAAUAUAUUUGAGCGUCUGGUCAGUGAUCUGUCCAAAAUUGCACAGGGAAGACACGCAAUGGAACUGGGUGCGUCUCCCAGCCAGGAGAAGAACAUGAGGCUGAAGGGGCUAACGUGUCUCGGGUCUAUUCUCAAAUGUAUGGUGGAGUGGAGCAAGGAUCUCUAUAUUAAUCCUAACUCACAGUCGAACCUGGGAGUAGACCUCAAACCGUACACAGAAACGGACAGUGACUCUGGCAAGGGGACGAUGACCAGUUAUGGAAGUGUCAAUUCCCUCGGCUCUAACAGUUCCCAGGUGAUCAGCAUCCAGCCCACCGACAAUCCCGAGCAGUUUGAAGUGAUCAAACAACAGAAGGAAAUCAUGGAAAAUGGAAUCGAGUUAUUUAACAAAAAGCCAAUGAAAGGAAUUCUGUAUCUCCAGGAGCAAGGAAUGCUGGGAAAAAGUCCCGAUGACAUUGCUGAACUUUUUCACACAGAUGAUCGUUUGGAUAAAGUUGCUAUUGGUGAUUUCCUUGGAGAAAAUGAAAAGUUUAACAAAGCGGUCAUGUAUUCGUAUGUGGAUCAGAUGAACUUUGUUGAGAUGGAUAUUGUGUCAGCCCUCAGAAAGUUCCUGGAGGGGUUUAGAUUACCAGGAGAAGCUCAGAAGAUUGACAGACUGAUGGAGAAAUUUGCAUCUCACUACUGUGUGUGUAAUGCAAAUGCUGGACUGUUUGCAAGUGCCGAUGCCGCAUACGUGUUGGCGUACUCUAUCAUCAUGUUGACCACGGAUCUCCACAGCUCACAGGUGAAAAGGGAAUACAAAAUGACAAAAGAGCAGUAUAUACGGAUGAAUCGUGGGAUCAAUGACAGCAAGGACCUGCCCGAAGAUUACCUGUCCAAGAUUUAUGACCAAAUUGCAGACAGUGAAAUAAAAAUGAGAGCCACCGGUGGAAUAAAACCCAGCAAAUCUGUCCGGGACAUAACGAGUAACAAACAGCGGCGAUUGCUGUACAACAUGGAGAGGGAACAGAUGGCCGUGACAGCUAAAGCGUUGAUGGAGAGCGUCAGCCACGUCCAGUCAAACUUCACAUGUGCGACACACCUCGAACAUGUUCGACCCAUGUUCAAGAUGGCAUGGACCCCAUUCCUGGCAGCAUUUAGUGUUGGUCUGCAAGAUUGUGACGAUCAAGAUGUGGCUACUCUGUGUUUAGAUGGCAUCCGGUGUGCUAUUCGAAUUGCCUGCAUAUUUCACAUGGAGCUGGAGAGAGAUGCAUACGUUCAAGCUUUGGCACGGUUUACACUGUUGACAUGUGCCACGCCCAUAACAGAAAUGAAAACUAAAAACAUUGACACCAUCAAAACACUCAUCUCAGUUGCUCAAACUGACGGAAACUACCUUGGCAAGUCGUGGUUGGAGAUCUUGAGGUGUAUAUCCCAGUUGGAGUUGGCUCAGUUGAUUGGAACCGGGGUGAAAACGAAGUAUAUCUCUGGACACGCCUCUCAGUCAGCAGCAGGCCAUCCCAUUGAAGCUUUUGAUCCUGAAGUAAUUGCUCGUGGGAACUUAGACCGGCAGCGGUUAGCCAACUUUCAUGAGACUGUUGGAGAAACCAGUUCACAGAGUGUGGUUGUUGCAGUGGACAGGAUAUUUACAGGCUCCGUCAAACUGGAUGGAGAUGCUAUAGUUGAGUUUGUGAAGGCUCUGUGCCAGGUGUCGCUGGAUGAGCUGGCCACGCGGUCCCACCCGAGAAUGUUCUGUCUACAGAAGAUAGUGGAGAUCUCCUACUACAACAUGGGGCGUAUCCGUCUGCAGUGGUCCAGAAUCUGGCAGUUCGUCGGAGACCACUUCAACAAGGUUGGAUGCAAUCCUAUGGAAGACAUUGCCUUUUUUGCCGUUGAUUCUCUGAGGCAACUAUCAAUGAAGUUUAUUGAAAAGGGAGAGUUCAUUUAUUUCCGCUUUCAAAAAGACUUUCUUCGGCCUUUUGAACAUAUCAUGAAGAGAAAUAGGUCUCCAACAAUACGAGACAUGGUUGUGAGAUGUGUUGCUCAGAUGGUUAACUCUCAGGCAGGCAAUAUCAAAUCUGGUUGGAAAAACAUCUUCAGCGUUUUUCAUCUGGCAGCUUCUGACCAUGAUGAGGGAAUUGUUGAACUUGCCUUUCAGACAACAGGAAAAAUUAUCUCAAGUAUUUUUGAGAAACAUUUUGUUGCCGUCAUCGAUUCAUUCCAAGAUGCAGUGAAGUGUCUGUCAGAGUUUGCUUGCAAUGCUGCAUUCCCCGACACCAGCAUGGAGGCAAUCCGACUCAUUAGGAACUGUGCAAAGUAUGCGGCUGAGAAACCCCAGACAUUUUGUGAUCAUGCUGGUGAGGAAAUAAAUGUGCCCGAGGAAGACAGAGUGUGGGUUCGAGGCUGGUUUCCGGUUCUCUUUGAGCUCUCGUGUGUGAUAAAUAGAUGUAAACUAGAUGUUAGAACCAGAGGCUUAACUGUGAUGUUUGAAAUCAUGAAGACAUAUGGUGAAUCAUUCCAGCCACAUUGGUGGCGAGAUCUGUUUAAUAUUAUUUUCCGUAUCUUUGACAAUAUGAAAUUGCCUGAACAGUUGAAUGAGAAGAAUGAAUGGAUGACGACCACCUGCAACCACGCCUUGUACGCGAUCAUUGACGUGUUCACGCAGUACUACGACGUGCUUCACGAGAUCCUUCUGUCGGACCUCUACCAGAUGCUGCACUGGUGUGUACAGCAAGAUAAUGAGCAGUUGGCUAGAUCAGGCACAAACUGCUUGGAAAACCUUGUCAUAUCUAACGGCAUCAAGUUUUCAUCGGAUGUUUGGCAGAAUACAUGCUGCUGUAUGCUGGACAUUUUCAAAAGUACCAUUCCACAUACAUUAUUAACAUGGUGUCCUGACAAUGGGGACAAUUUAGAGAAUGCAGCAAUUCAAACAGAAGAACUAAAAGACUCAAAUCAGAAUGCUCCAGUCCUCAAAGACAGUAACUUCGACAACCGAGUACUGGUACGUUCUGACAGCAAUGCCAGCACUCUUUCACAAGACUCCAGAGAUCACAAGAUUCCCAGAUCAAAAAUUCCGUCUGACCAGAAGUUGUUUCAGGCCUUGUUAAUCAAGUGUGUUGUUCAGCUGGAACUCAUUCAGACGAUUGACAACAUUGUGUUCUUCCCUUCCACUAGCAAGAAGGAAGAUGCUGAAAAUUUAGCAGCAGCACAGGCGAGUACGGAUGACGUGCAGGUGUUCGACCCAACCCAGCGUGAAGACCAGGGCAUGUACCAGUUCCUCAACUCCACACAGCUGCUGCUCCUCGUCGACUGCCUCUUCGAGUCACACAAGUUUGCCAAGGCUUUCAACUCUAACCACGAGCAGAGGAAUAUUCUGUGGAAAGCAGGUUUCAAGGGUAAAGCAAAGCCAAAUCUUCUGAAACAAGAAACCCAGAGUUUAGCAUGUUUGUUCCGAAUUCUGUUCCGUAUGUACAAUGAUGAAACACGAACUGAAGACUGGCCAGCAAUAGAGAAACGCUUGAUAGAUGUUUGUCGUGAGACUUUGGAGUAUUUCCUGUCCCUGCAGUCGGACAGUCACCGAGAGGCUUGGAGCAGUCUCAUGUUGCUGCUGCUUACCAGACUCUUGAAGAUGUCUGACGAACGGUUUCGUGUGCAUUCAGCCAUGUAUUAUCCAUAUAUUUGUGAAAUGCUAAUGUUCGACAUGAAACUUGAAAUGCGCUCUAUUAUGAAAAAAUUCCUUCUGCGUAUUGGGCUUACAUUCAACAUAGUUCCGACGUAAAUCAAGAGAUAAAGACUUGCAAGAGCUUGCCAAUGUGAAAAAAAGCUAAAUCUUGUGGAGUUGCUAUCAAGAGUCAAAAUGAUGUUGUAACCUUGAGUAGCUGCUUGUGCACACUGUAAAAUCACCAAGGUCAUUAUGAAGGAUAUGGUUUCUCGCAUGUUCUAUUUGCCAUGUGCAUAAUGAUGUAUUUUAUGCACAGGUUUUGAUGGAUCAAGACAUUACUGCAUAUUAUUUUGUUUUCCAUGAUAAUUUUAGGAUGUUUGUAACACAAGUUUAUUUAUGAAUUAAUUAAUAAUUAAUAUUAAACCAAGACUUAGUGUAAAAUGUGAAACGAUAGAAUCUUAAUUUGCAUUUUUAGUUUUGUAAAACCUUUUAAAAAUAUUUUUAGUUAUAUUUGAACAUCAUUGCAUUGAUGUUCUUAUUUUCAAUUCAUAUUAAGUUAGUAAAAAUAUAUAUUGCAAGUUAUAUAGCACAACUUACUAGUAUAUAUGUUUUAUAUUCAGAAUGGAAACUACUCAAGUAUACCGAAGUGGUCGAGGCCAAAGAAAUUAAAAUAUUUGAUUUGAUGUGCAAUACCUACAUACAUUGCUUCAAAGCUUUUUUUUCAAUUAAUUAAUUGUUAUAUUUUCUUACUGAUUCAAUAAAAUAUAUUUAUCUUGAUUUGAAAAAGCAAGAGAAAUUUACAUCCUAAGUGUGAGUAACUGUUCAAUUCCUUUUUGUUUAACAUAUCUUGGCUUGAAAUUGUUUAAGUUGGUGAAAAGAAGGCCACAUGUCUUGAAGAGGAAGAGAGAAAGUUCAAUGUUAGUGGACUAGAGGCUUGAAGGGCUGUAUAGAGUGCGUUACAAUUGCAUACAGAUGCCAUAAAGGAAAAUAUAACAUAUUUUUUGGAAUGGAUCAUUUAAAAUUACACUGUUUAUUAAGUUUAUAAUGUUGACAUUGUUAUAUGAAUCGUUGCGUGUUUCAUCUUGUGCAUACCCAUAUUGUUUUGUGCAAAAUACAACUAGUGUCAUGUGCCAGGGUUUUAAGUCAAGUACAGUGUAAGUAGCACUGUGGUGUGAUCAAGUUUAUAUCAUACUUAUACCCGGGAACUGAAUAAAUGGAAAAAGAAAUCCUCUAUUCAUGGAAUGUGUUAUCAUAAUAAAUGUGUAAAUUCUGGUACAGAAGGAUCAUACAGUGAAGAAUCAUUACCGUACUUAUUACAUUGUCAGAUAGGCCUUGAAAAAACCCCAAUCCUGAGGAAGUCCUGCUAAGCAAUUUGGUAAGCUUUUACAGCAAUGUUACUGAAUAUUGCUAUAAAUCAGGGCUCGAACUGAAGAAUUGGUCUCCCACAGCAAGUUUAAAAAGAAUUGAUUUGGGUGAAAAGGCCCACCGACGGCAAUUUUAAGCCUGCCUAUGCCAGUAUGGCAAUCUUUUUUAAAGUGACUUUUACAGCAAAUAAACUUGACUGAAAGGUUAUUUUGCUGUAUGUAGACGUAUUUCAAAUGUACAAAUAUUAAAUACUGGCAAAUGCUGUGGAGCUUUACUGACGGCAUAAAAGUGUCAUCGGUGAUGCUCCCUGCCUACAGCAAUUUAUAUCUCAACAAUGGCAUUUGCCAUCAGUGCUGUCAUCAAGUUCGAGCCCUGAUAAAUUAGAGGGACUGAUUGUAUUAUUUUAUACAUAAUCCAGGUAUCCAUUGUUAAUCAUCUAUUUGCAACGUUUAUUUGUGUGCAGUCGUGUUGGUUAAAUUUUUAUUGAUUAUAUAUAUAUAUAUAUAUAUAUCUGGUAGGAAUAUACUCCUUCUCAGAUGUUAAUAACAGUGGGACCCAUGGGGUAGGGUAGUACAUUUACUCAUACUCAACAUUAUUUUUUCUUUUGAGUACAGUGGAUUCAAGGACAUUGACUAGUUACAUUUCACCAUUUCCAUUCAUCACUUUUCAUUCAAAUAUAGUUGCAUAUAUUUCCACUGAAAAUUAUCUCUGUGAAGCUAGUUUGUUAAGUGUUAAUAGGAAUUGUGGGGUUAUGGCAAUAUUUCUGUCAUCAAGUGGUUCCUUAAUUAACUAAAUGUAUUGCCACUAAAUAUAAUACAUUUAUUUUUGGUUGUGAUUGGUGCACAUUAAAUUUGUGGUAUAUAAGUUUGUGUAAUUUUUUUUUGUACCAACAAAACACAUUCAUGUUCUGUUAUUUUAUUGUUAAAUGAAAGUCAGUACAUAAUUAUAUUUCUUUUCCAUGGUUGCUUUGUCGCUUAAUUCUGUAAAAUCAUCAGAUAGAAACAGCAACGAAUUUGUUGCCACGUUAGGAAGAGCUAAUCAUCUCAUUCCAAAUAUUGAUAAACACAGUACACAUUUUUAAUUCUGUUACAAAUGUAAAGAUGAUUAGUUGAUGGACAAGUGUUUUUCAUGUGAUAACAGAACUCUAGCUAAAAGUGACUAAUUAGACAAUUGGUCCAUAGAUGCCCAAACACAACUUGAACAUGCUACACAACUGAUUUGUAUGGAGGAGACCGGCUACACUCGUUGAAGUUUUUUUAGAUAAAAUUUGUACUAAAUAAACAUGACAGGACCGGAUGUAUAGUUUGGUAUUUAGAGUAUAGGGGUUUUCAGGGGUUAAUUUUAGUGAUUAAAACUGGGGGAAAAACCCGAAACAAUAAAACAAAUUCGGUUUUGAAGGAAUACCGGAUUACCGAGGGUUUGGUUUUGAAAGGUUUCACUCUCAUAUGGAUUUAUUCUUAAUGAUUAAACAAUGUAAAUAUCUCACCGCUGCACUUUUAAGCAUAUCUGUAUCAUUGGGUUUUUUAAUUUGGAUUGUAAAAUUCUAUUUUUGUUUAAAUGUCAAGGUCACAGAUUAAAGAAUUUGAUAUACAUGGAUCUGUACUGUAUUAUUUGUCUUUAUCAGCUAUUAUAAUUUUGUUUCUUUUUCUGUGGGAUGGAUUUAGAAUUAACGAUGAAAGGUAUUACAGUUUACAUGGAAUUAAACCUUGUUAGCUAUCAUUAUCCUUCUUUUACUCAUAGGUGUUGAAACAUUUUUUACUUUGGAUUUAUAGGUGUGGGUUUUUAAUGUUUGAACCAUGAUCUGCAGAGUAUUAUGGUUUUAAAUCUACUAAUUACAUUUACACUAAAUCUGAUUAAAUUUUAAAACAGUCAUACAACCCACUAUACUUGUUUUCCAGUAAGAUCUGAAAAAAAAACCUAGUAAGCAUAAUGGAUUGGAAGAUAAUAUUAUUAUUUCUGUUAGAUUGCAAAAAAGAAAUCUGAAAACUUUAGUAAUUAAAAUAUGUCUGCAUUGUUAAAAUACAUUUUGUGUCAGUAGGAAUCAUUGCAAAAACUCAACUUACACUACUAGACAACCAAAUAUAUUGUUCCUUUUUACUUCGAUAUUUUAUAUCGCUGCAGAAACUGCAAGUUAACCUACCAUUGCUUGAUUUGUAUUUUCUACAUGAAAUCCAAUGUGCAUGUUUCCCUUGUUGUACUGAAUGCAAGAAGGUAAAAAAAAAAGUGAAAAUUACUCUCCAGUAAAAAAGGUGGAAAUUACUCUCCAGUAAAAAAAGUGAAAAUUACUCUCCAGUAAAAAAGGUGGAAAUUACUCUCCAGUAAAAAAGGUGAAAAUUACUCUCCAGUAAAAAAGGUGAAAAUUACUCUCCAGUAAAAAAGGUGGAAAUUACUCUCCAGUAAAAAAGGUGGAAAUUCCUUUUAUUAGUGGUUUUUGGGUGUCAGGAUAAUUAUGACUCGCUCACACUCUCACACACACACUCUCUUUCUCUUUGUGUGUGUGUGUGUGUGUGUGAGAGAGAGAGAGAGAGAGAGAGACACACACACACACACACACACUGACUGACUGACUGACUAAUUAUGCUUCAACAUAAGUUGUCAGAAAGGACUAAGCAAAGAGGAGUAUGGAUCCCAUAACCUGUUGCAUUUCGGGUGGACACUACCACAAAACAAAAUCUCUUUCAUAAGAUAUAACAAGAAUAACAAGAGAAUAGUCAAACCCAUUUGUAAAGGCUGCCUUGGUAUAUGUGUGUGUGUGUGUGCAUGCCAUUGUGAAAUUUAUAUAAAGUUUAACACACGUGUACAUGAACGAACCCAUUUAUAUUCACGUGUUCCUCAUAGCAGGUUUGAUUCUUUUGUUCAUAUGUAACAAAUUUCCUCGUUUUUUUUUAAAUCUCUUAUUGUUAUCUACCUUCCAGAAACCGUUCUUUAAUUGCUUUUGACACUUGCAUUUUAUUGUAGUUUGUUUUUAUUUAUAUAUUAGUUAUAUAUCAUAAGAUAUUAUUGUUUUUCGUUAAAACUAUUAGCUUUCACAUCAUAAUAUAGCCAACACUUGUACUCUGUACAGAUAUUUAAUAUAUAUGUGCAUGUAUUUAUUUGUUUUUUUAUGUUAAUUUUUUGUACUGAACUGAAAAGGUGUAGAUCACUGAAUGUUUGUAUAUAUGGCAAUUUACAUUCUUGUUUUGUUUGCUUAUGCUUCAGUGAUUCUUGUUUGUUCAUGUAAAUAAGAGCAUGUUAAAAUCAGUUACAUUUUGCUAGGGAAGAUUGUUACGCAUGUAAUGUUGAGUUAAAACUGUCAUAGAAUUUGAUAAAAACCUGUACACUGUCAUGGAGUGUUGGAAGUAUUUUGAAAAGAAAUGGUACAAGAUUUUCUUUUAAAAUCUGUUUUUAUCAAAUGAAAAAAAGUUUAAAAUUGAUGACAGGACAUUUCUACAAUAGACAAGAUAUCUAAAGGUUGGAGACUAAAAUCAAUAUUGUGUGACUUGGCCUGAUAAACCCAUAAUGUUCAUGAUAGAAAUACUUAGUGCCAGAUAUUAUAUGAUUAUUCAACAUAUGUUAAGGCCACAUAUGCAACCAAUUGUUUAAUCAGACUUCAUCUUUUAACAUCAUCAAAGAAAACCAAGAGUACAGAUAAAAACAAGGCUAACCUUAGAACAAAUUAGUCACUGUAACCCAACUAAGACAAUUUUUAAAUUUAAUUUCGUCAAUAUAUCGUUUUUAAAGAUAAAAAUAAAAAUUUCAAACAGAAUAAAGAAAAGCAACAAAAUACCUGUCAGCAGACUAACCAACUACUAAAAACAAAAAUUAUGGGUCAGCUAAAAGCAAAGUAUUUUUGUAAACUUUAUUCUUAGUCAAGUUAGCGUGUUUCCUCUGAUGACUGAGUCAGAAUUGCCAAAUGUUUGACAUCCAAUAACCGAUGAUUAAUUAAUUAAUGUGCUCCAGUGGUGUCAUUAAACAGAAUAAAUUUUAACUUUCUUAUUCAAGCUCAUUGAUGGUACAUCCUGGUUCACCAUGCAGAUAAAAUAUAUACAGAGCAGCCUUUUAUACCAGGCUUAAAUAAUAACAAGUGUACCGGUAACCAAAUGUGAAGUUAAUCAUAUUUUUCAAUAUGCUGUUGUAUAUUUUCUGUAUAUGUUGUUGUGGUGUAAAUAAUUAUUCUGUGAUAUAGCCUCACAUUUUUGAUGGGUAUUAAACUUAUGGGUUCAGUAGAAAAAAACAGUUUAUAUUUAUUGACUGAUAAAAUGUACAGUACAAAACAUCCAAUUGUAUAUUCAUAAGACUGCACAAGUAUGUCUGUCAAUAAUUUUAUUAUCUUCAGACAUCUGUUUGAGAAAUAAAACUAUUCAUUUAAUUUUGA